GGAAAGCCCAGCCCCCGCUGCUUUUAUCUCAGAGAACAAUAAGACGAAAUGAAGACCGAGAUUUGCAACUUCUCUGGAUUCCGUAUCUACCCCGGCCACGGAAAGACCUACAUCCGUGUUGACGGCCGUAGCUUCCGUCUGAUCAACGGCAAGACCGAGUCCUACUUCCUCCAGAAGCUGAAGCCCUCCAAGCUCAACUGGACCGUCGUCUUCCGCCGCCUGCACAAGAAGGGUGCCUCCGAGGAGGUCUCCAAGAAGCGCACCAAGCGCGUCGUCAAGGCUCAGCGUGGUGUCGUUGGUGCCGAUCUCGAGGCCAUCAAGGCCAAGCGCAACCAGAAGCCCGAGUUCCGUGCUGCCCAGCGCCAGCAGGCCUCUUCUGCCGCCAAGGACAAGAAGAAGCUGGCCCAGGACGCCAAGAAGCUCGAGAAGGCCAAGACCAACAAGGCUCAGGGCCCCAAGAUCAGCAAGCAGGGUGCCAAGGGUGCUGCCCCCAAGGUCCAGGCCAAGUCCCGCUAAGGGUUGGAGCUUGUAAUCUCUCUCGAACUUUGAGGAAUAAAAGAGCGGUGCAAAACAAA